AUGUCCGACGACGAAGUGGAAUGUCAAUUUAACAUUGAGGACGAGUUUGUGAAACGUUUAAUUGAAAGCGAGGUUGAUUUGAGGGAUCAUUCAACAAAAGUCGAGACUCAAUUGAGAGGAUCGAACCGGCUGGUAGUUGAAGAUUGUAUUGAUCAUGCUGAAGAAUUGGUGGAGUUGAAUGAACAAAUUACAGAAUGUGAUCAAACUUUUGAAGUACGUUUUAAAAGGUUUUGCUUGGUUUUUAGGCAUUAAAAAUGGUUUCUAUAUCGACGAGCGUAUAUAGAUCAUGGAUAAUGUCAUAAGAUUGAUUCUAGUGAAAAAGUUAAUGAAUAAAACGACGUCUAAUUUUUACAGAACUUGGAAGGAAUGUUGAGCAACUUCCUAGCUGAGCUAGGGACGAUUAGCGAAGAAAUGAAGCGUCUACAGGAUCAAUCUGUUGUGAUUAACCAACAACUUCACAAUCGUCAACGAGUUCGCGGAGAAUUGAGUCAAUUCGUCGAUGACAUGGUAGUACCUCAUAGUAUGAUCAAGUAAGUUAAAUGAACCGUCUUUUUAACAACUAAUAAAACCUGUAAUUUUGUUCUAAGCUUUUUAUAAAUUGAAUUAUAUUGAGACAAGUAACAAUAUAUAUAUUCUACUGCUUUUUCAGGAUAAUAAUGGAACAAGAUGUAAACAGCUCCGAAUUUUUGGAACAAUUACAUGAGUUACAGCAUAAAUUACAAUUUCUUAAAGCUCAAGCAUUCAAAGAUGCUAAAGCAGUGGAAGAUGUGCAGGAUGUGAUCGAGAAUUUGAAGUUUAAGGCUAUGGAGAAGAUGAGAGAGUGGCUAUUGGCCAAGAUUUCGUUGUUCAAGAAGCCUUUGACUAACUACCAGAUACCACAAUCAGCCUUGUUAAGGAAUCGGUUUUUCUACGAGUUUUUAUUGGCUAAUGAGCGAGCUGUCGCCAGGGAGGUAAGUAUAACAUAGGAUAUGUUAAACAUGAAUCAAACGUUUAUAUCAUGGCUUUUAAAAUACAAAACAGAGAUUGUAUGACUUAAAGCUUUUUCUUCAUUCAUUCCAAUAUUUGUAUUUUACACAUCCACAAUGUUUAUUUCAAAAUCAAACAGUAACUCAAGCAAAAGUCGGCUAUGUACAGCUCAUCCCACGGUAAUGUCUUCAUAUUGCCCAUCGCCGUCUGUGUCUUGCGCUGACGAUGCUUCCUUCAUUUGCGAUUUCUGGGCCUUCUUAUCUGGAGCUUUAUUUUUGGCAUUACCUCCACUACCUCCUGCGGAAACUUGCUUCUUCUUCAUACAGCUGAUUAAAAAGGUGACUAACAACAGUGUUGUAGCUAAAACCAGUUGGUCUGUGAACGUUGGUAGCAUGUCUGAAAAGAUAAUUUGGUGAUUGUGAAGUGAAGUAAAAAAGGAAGACAAAUAAAGCCAUGCCCUGACCUGCCUUUCCCUACCCUUACCGACAACACCAUACCCUUUUGGGAGAAGGCUAAACCAAUUUUUUGCCAAAAAUACUAAAAACAAAGGCAAAAUGAACAAUUACCGAAACUUAUGAUGAUAUUUCCUAUGUCCUCUUGCUUUAGUUCUCGACUGUUUUGGGUUUCUUCUCUGGUUCAGAUUCGCGUUCAGAAGCCGACCGAUGUUGAAAAGUUGCAAAAAAGGAAUGAAAUCCAUUCGUUUCACGUUGAAUUCAUAGACUUUCAUAAUUCAAAAAAAAAUUCUAAAGAGAAAAACAAAAAAAAAUAAAACAAAAUGCUGCGUCCCAAGAUAUUGAGGCCUUGUCUCUUGCCAUCGUAUUUUAUCUAUUUUUUGUGUUUUUGUAUCGUAUUUUAACCCUAUCAUGGCAUACCUAAAAAGUUAAAAGUUCAUAAACAAAAGGACAGAUUUUUUGUCUAAUUAAAGAAUAAUGAAACAACCUUAUUUUAGAUAAAGGACGAGUACACAGAUGCAGUGAGCAAAAUGUUCUUCAGCUACUUCAAGACCUACGUCUCUCGAUUGUUCAAGCUUCAGAUGCCGGAUUCAGCGACGAAAGAAGACCUACUUGGAGCAGAAGAUGCGCCCAAAACUGGCUAUCCAAAUUUACAAAAUAUUUUCGGCACCAAGGUUCAGGUAAUAGCCAAGUUGUUCGUUAUACUGAUAUUUUCGUCAUAAAGGACUUCGUUAUGCAGGAGUUCUACCGUACUUGGCGAUGAUGAAGUAUUAUGUUAGUAUCACAGAUAAGAAAGCUUUUUCAGACCAGAAGCAAAGCCACAGUGUUUUCUCUUGGAACCAGAGAUUCACUAUUAACUACCGACUUUUUAUCGCCAUUGAUAGUACCACAUGCAGCAUUACAAGCUGGUGAACAAGUACGUUACUUGUCUUUUUUAAUAUGAAAAAAAGUGAUAAAAGGCGCGCCUUAGGGUAAUUUUCUAAGGUUCUGAAAUGGUCAGUACUACCAAACUAAUGGAAUUCAUUUCAGUACCAAUUUGAAAGCCUAUUCCGAUCGAUUCAAUAUGCAUUAGUCGAUCACUGUAGCCAUGAAUUCCUAUUUUUAUGUGACUUCUUCAUGGUGGAAGGGCAAUCAGCUGUGGAUUUGUUUUCUGAAGUUAUGGAACGAAGCAUCGUUCAGCUACAGGUAUGAUUUUAAUCUUAAAAAAUCAAAAUUAUAUUAUACUAGAAGUAGGGCCUUAAUCAGUGUUUUGCCGGACCGGUCCGCGGACGGGUCCGGUCCGGACACAAAAUCCUGCGGACCCGGACCGAAGAAAAAGCUCCGGACCGGUCCGGAAGAAAUUUUUUUUUAAUUUUAUCAAAACUGCUUUAAAAAUUGCAUAGAAAACAUAUUUUUAAGUGUUUUUAAACGUAGAGAAAGCAGUUUUAGCGCUCUUGGCUUUUUUUAAAAAUAAAAAAAAUUUUUUUUGCGGACCGGACCGGACCCAAAAAUUUGAAGUUUGGACCGGACCCGAAAAUCGCCGGACCGGACCGGUGAAAAACGCUCCGGACCGGUCCGGGCAAAACACUGGCCUUAAUAAUACCUUACAUAGUAUAUCAGGUAAAGGCCUUUAAGAUCGAGUACUAUAAUACGGUCAAAAACCAAAUUUUAUUUUCCAGAAGAGCCUCGAAGAGAAGAUCAACGCAAACUACGAUGCCAUCUCCCUAUUCCUAUGCAUAUGCCUAUGUACCAAAUACAGUGAAUUAAUGGCGGAAAGAAGUGUCAUUUCGAUUGACAACUACCUCAAAACUAUGGCCCAGCUCCUAUGGACACGCUUCGAACAUGUUAUGGGGCUUCAUACGGAUAGUCUGAGGAGUUUGGAUGCGAAGAAGAUGAGUACCGACAAUAAACCGCAUUAUGUUGUGAGACGAUACGCCGAAUUCUUGAGCGCAUUCUUGGUUUGUAUCAAUCUGAGUGGCAAAAAGAUGGAUGAGAGGUUACAGGUGAGGUUUUUACUGGGGCUUGGAAGCCGUUUUAGCUCAAACUAGAGCUAUUCAACGUAUUUUACAUUACAAAAAGGCGACAAACUACUGUUUUUUGCUUGGUGCCUUCAGGUUCAAGUUGAGAUUGAUAAAACAUUAAGUCUUCCUAAUACAAUAAUAAAGUUUCCGUUGUAGAACAUACUAACAAAGCAAGAACAAGAAUUGGAAGGCUUCCUGUAUCGGUACAGCCAACAAAUGAAAAGGAAAAAGGAUCGACUAGUGUUCCAGAUCAAUAACUAUGAUGUUAUUCUUACUGUGCUGGACGUAAGUUAAUAAACUAAUCUAUAACAAAUGUCUUACAACAUUCUUCCCUGACACAUUCUAACGAAAGAAACGUAUUGGUGUCCAAACAUACUCUAACGACAGACGACCGGUCGAAAAGUCCGUAGAACAGUGAUUUUUUACCUUUUCAGUCAGAAAAGUCUUAAAACUAAGCUAUUCGGAAUAACCUUGAUAUAUUAGGUUGUUCAAAUAUUUAUGUGCCUACUAACAUUGAAAAUUUGCUUUGAAAGGGGGCACAGAAUUAAUUGAACAACCUAAUAAAUCAAGGCUACGCAGAAUCGAUUAGUUUUAAGACUUUUCUGAUUGAAAAGCCUUCACUGUUCUACGGACUUUUCGACCUGUCGUUAGAAUAUGUUAUUUUUGUAAUAAGCCCUCUAUACAGUUGUAGAACAAUCUAGCAGGUCAUCACACGACUUUUUCAAAUUUUAAACCACACUAAAAGGCUAAUUUUCAGGAAAAGGUCCUGGACGAGUCGAAAGAACGUACCGAAUUUUGUAACACGCUACAAACAAAGACUAGAGCGUUCGUGGAGGAGGUAUUGUUCCCUCAUUUCAACGCCCUAAUUCAAUUUGUCAAUGAAGUUGAACCUCAUGUUGAACAAGGUCAUACUCAACAAUUGUCCAGGUUUACAGGUAUGCUUAUUUUAUGACAAGUUUUUGGCAAUUUAUCAAAUUUAACUUUUCAAAGACUAAUAUAAACCAUAAUAGUUCGGUAGUAUUAAUAAUAACCAUAAGAAGAGUACUAAUGUUGGUCAUACGAGCUAAAAGAGUACUAAUAUUAACCAUAAAAGGUCCAAGAAGACUAGUAUUAAUCUUUAGAGUUUAAAGAGUACUAAUAUUAACCACAAGAGCUCAAAGAGUACUAAGAUUAACCAUAAGAGAUUCAAAAGUACUAAUAUUACCUAUAAGAGUUCAAGGAGUACCAAUAUUAACUAUAAGAGCUCUAAGAGUACUAAUACUAAAAAAUAUUUUUUAGGCAAAGUGACCCAAAUAGUACGAGCGUUUGUAGCCGAAUGGAAAAAGUCGAUUGAAGAGAUCAACAAAGAGAUUCUACAAUCUUUCACCAACUUCAAGGUCGGUUCGACUGUUUUGCAAGCCGUCUUCACUCAAUUCGUUAACUAUUACCAACGAUUCAACAAAUUAUUGUAUCACGAAGCGUUUAGUCAAUGUACUGAAGCCAAAAGCGAGCUUGUUGGUGCACCGGUUAUUAUUGCUGAGCUUAAAAAGUAUAAGCCUAUUUAUUGA